AUGAAGGGUUGUUCAUCAGUUAUUAUACUCGCAUGCACUUUUCUAUCUACUCAUUCCGCACUUGCACUAGAUGUAGUCUUGGAUAUUUCACGAAUCGAUGAGGUUCUCUACAAGUCAUUCCUUUUGUUCUACGAUGAUGUCCCUACAAGGAUAGUUAUGCCAAGGAAAGGAAUCAAAAUCCGGUCCGUGAAAGAGGGGUCAGAAAAUCUCUGGAAGGCUGAGGGUAGAGAAAAGUGCAUCUUGAUAACCCUUCAUUUAAAGAAUGGUAGGCCAAUGAUGAUGUUCAUGUCAAUACACGGCUCUAGUACGAGAUAUAUUGGUCUAUGCAAAUCUGAUGGGAUUUGGAAACUAGGCCCAGACGACUUUGAGCACCGUAAUAGGGAGUUUGCCAAACUCAGGAUGAUUCCCAGUUCAACACACACAUUUACCCUCAACGUGUCUACAAGCGAGGAGAAUGAUGAAAGGAUUGUGUUAGAGUCUGUCGCAUUAAAACGAAAAACUCGCAUGCAUAUCCCAGAACUUGGGAGUUAUGCCACCAAAGUUGUCUGUGGACAAGAGCUAAUUUGGAAAGCCAAGGAUGGUGAAAGAUGUAUAACUGCAUUUUCAUAUUUUAGGAAUGGAAGGCUACAAAGAAUUUCCGUUUUGGUAAACCAAAAAUCAGGGUCAGAUUCGGAAAUACGGCAUUACGAGAAACGUGGUACACUCUGGAGAAAAGUGAAACAUGACAAUUUUGGAAAUGGACAACUGGUACCCUUGGUGCACAUAGAAAUGAGUAAUUAUAAUAUAUAA